AUGCGAAUCCCUACGAGCCCUUCGCUUCUAUCACCGGCCAACUACGAUAAUGACGCGGCCUCAUUACGAUCACCGUCCGAGCAGGACUCCGAUUCCGAAGAUGACGAAUUCCUUCGCCAUCCCCGCAGCACCCUGGAGCUUGCCAGCCACGACCGAGCAGUCCUAGAUGAGGAGGACGAAAUGGAAAAGCUGUUGACUCGGCCCGCGCAAGGGCUGCGCAGAAUGUUCAGCCCCAGUGGAGGAAACGUGCGGAUUGGGAAAAAGGAACGGCGACGAGCGCGAAAGGAAGCACGUCGCCGGGAAAGAGUUAGCGAGGAGGGAGAGCUGAUGUACGAGAUGGAAGAAGGGCUCAAUGAUGAUGACUCCCUCAUCAGUGGCUCGUCCUCGGAUUUGGAUGGAAAGGAAGAUUAUCUUUAUGAACCACCAGCCAAACCAUCAUUGAGUAAAUAUUUGUUCAUUUUUACCAUUGUCGCUGUCCUCUUUUUCAUCCUUCUCCUCGGAGCAUACAAAGCAUCCACUGGCUUCAGAGCUGCGCACGCCAACUCCCAAACAUUGCUUUCAAACGGCACUGCACUCUUCGGCCCUACAACCAUCCUGAUCUCGCUAGAUGGAUUCCGUGCUGAUUUUCUCGACCGAGGUCUGACACCGGCACUGAACUCGCUUAUCGCCAACGGUGUCUCCCCGCAAUAUAUGAACCCUAGCUUCCCGAGUGUGACCUUUCCGAAUCAUUAUACAAUGGUGACUGGGCUGUACCCAGAGAGUCAUGGUGUUAUUGGAAAUACAUUUUGGGACCCGAAUCUGGGAGAGGAAUUCAUCAACACCCACACGUCUAUCAGCAUGCUGCCAAAAUGGUGGAAUGCAGAGCCGCUGUGGGUGACCGCAGGAAACCAAGGCGUUAGAAGUGGAAUACACAUGUGGCCCGGGUCCGAAGCCCACAUUGGAGACAUGGAACCGGCCUACGUUGAUAAAUACAAUGGAUCGGAGGCUCUGUCACGCAAAAUAAAUCGCGUUCUUGAGCUCCUGGAUCUUCCUGGCGCAGAGGAUGAAUCACACCUGGUGCCGGAGCGGCCUCAAUUCAUCGCCGCCUAUGUGCCUGAUGUGGACCGGGACGGUCACAAGUUCGGGCCCAACAGCACCGAGAUUCGAGGCACCAUUGCCCAUGCAGAUGAAAUGGUAGCGGGGAUCGUUGCGGGCCUGGAGAGCCGUAAUCUCACAGAUCUGGUCAACAUCGUGGUCGUCUCAGACCACGGUAUGGCCACAACAUCCAACGAGCGACUUGUCCAGCUCGACGAUCUGAUUGACAUAAGUCUUGUUGAGAAUAUUGACGGGUGGCCCUCCCGUGGUCUGCGUCCCAAGCGACCGGAAGAUCUGCCAGUUUUGCAGGAGCAGUUGGAAAAGGUGGCCUCCGAAUACGAACACGCGAUUGAGAUCUACACGAAAGAGACCAUGCCUGAGCGCUAUCACUUUUCGAAUAACGAUCGUAUCGCCCCUCUAUGGGUGAUUCCGAAGGCGGGGUGGGCGAUUGUCGAGCGCCCAGAGUUCGACGUUAAAGAAGCCCUGAAGACGGGCAAGGUCUAUCACCCGCGAGGCAUUCACGGCUAUGACCAUGAACACCCGCUGAUGCGAGCAAUCUUCAUCGCCCGCGGCCCGGCCUUCCCUCACACCCCUAACAGUCGCCUCGAAGACUUUCAAAACACCGAAGUCUAUAACAUCCUUUGCGACUCUCUGGGAAUCGACCCUCUUCCUAACAAUGGAACUCUGCGUCUCCCUCUGAAGCCAGUUGGCCUUCAUUCGGAUGAGAAUACGCCGACCCUGGAGCGUCCACCCGAUCCACCGGAGCAGCCAUCAACAACGACGGCGCUUCCUGAGCCCACCUCUCCAGCAUCUGAAGCACCCCCCAAAUCAUCGCCUUCAGCAGAUCCCGACAGGGAGGAUGAAAAAGUAUCAACAUGGUGGGGGCCUCUAUACAAUAAAUUCGAAGACUGGAAGCAUUGGGUCGGCGAUAUGUUUUCCUCCGUGAAGGACAACCACCCACAGCAACAAUGA